CUCGCCAUAGCGUAAACAGAGGCAGUGUGAGGGGCGGGUUGACCUCUAUCUCUCUCUCAGUGCGGACUGUUGUUGUUGCCAUCAGCUGAUCGCUGAGCUUUGCUGUUCACGUCACUCACGCCUGAUCCUUUGGACCAAGGGGAGGUUUUCUGGACGGUAAUUUUCGGAUUGGAUUCUAGAAAAGGCUAAAAGGGGAAACCAGUCCAAACAUCAAUGUGCUAUGGCUCCAACACUGUACGAUGUGAAACCUGAGCCAGGCGACUUGAUCGAGAUCUAUCGUGGCUCUUAUCAACAUUGGGCAGUGUAUGUUGGCGAUGGCUUCGUUGUUCACAUGGCGCCACCCUUUGAAGGUCCGGAUGCUGGUUCCAGCAGCAUGAUGUCGGUCCUAACGGAGAAGGCCAUGGUGAAGAGAGAGGAGCUCUGGGAUGUUGUGGGAACCCAUAAGUGGAAGAUCAACAACAGUCUGGAUGAAGAGUACAAGCCUCGCCCGCCUCGUGACAUUGUGGCAGAGGCCUGUGCGCUGGUGGGCCAGGAGCUGCCGUACUGCAUCUUCAGGGGGAACUGUGAGCAUUUCGUCAAUGAGCUACGUUACGGCAAAGCUGAGUCCCGACAGGUGCGUAAAGCAGGAGAGGCCGUGAUGGUGGCGGGCGUGGCUGCCGCCGUGGGCCUGGGUUUCGUAGCUCUGGCAGGAGCUCUGUUCGGAGCCUUUAAUAAGAAAGACAAGAACAACCAAUGACUGAAUCCUCUGCUGUUCAGGGGUUUGGUUAACUACGUUAUCAACAAACUAACUGAAGCUCGUCAUAACUGAUCACAAAGUAACACUGCCGGCGAAACAUUUAUCUGUGCUGUCACAGGAAGUUAGGGUGACCCUCAUCAUGGUACUUCUGCCUCACCUUUCUCUGCCACUGAUGUUCAGAAAAAGCUGAGAUCAUCUAUAGAUAAGAACAAACUCAGUGAUUCCUCUACAGUCCCAACAUGAAUUACAUUAGGAUUUAUACUGAAUUAAUUUAAAGGUGCUGAUGUUUUGUAAAGCACACAAAUUUGAGGGGAUAUUUUUAGAAAAAAUAGUAAAAUAAUAAUAAUUCAGCAUCUUAGAAAUAUUAUAACCUGGUGGAUAAGACUGUUUUGAUUGUUGAUGUUAAUUUUGUAUUUGCCAAUACUUUUAAAAAUAAGCUUUUCAUGUCUCACAAGAUUCUAAUACUGUUGGAGUUGCACAAGUCAGAUUGUUCCUGUCUGCCUAUUUCUGACAUUUGUUUGUAAGCUUUUGAAUAAAGGUUUGAAUUCUGGAGUUAA